UCUCCCGGAAGGAAAGGCAGGCGAAGUCCAUUGGCCUAAGGAGGGGCUGUGGUGAGCCCGGGAGGAGACGUCACUUCACCUGCCGGCCUGUCAAUCUUCCGCGAAAAAGCUGGGAGCGAACCGUGAAGAAGCAAAGCCUCGAUCAGCCCCAAUCUCGAAAUUAUCCUCCAUGGCGCUAAGGUUACCUAGCAGGCUAUUUCUGCAAUGCAGAGGCAGUGUAAUAAACUUCUGUGAUGCUCAAGCACAGAGCACUAGUGCACCUGUGCCAAAAGAAAAAGAAGGGAAGCCUUUGGUGAACGGAUCAAAAGUUCCAAAAGCUCAGUUUGACUGGCGUGAUGCCCUACAAUUGGAAAGGCUCCUGACUCCAGAAGAAAUAAUGAUGCGGGACUCAUUUCGUGCCUAUUGCCAAGAAAAGUUGAUGCCCAGGAUCCUCAUGGCCAAUCGAAAUGAAGAUACUCAAGUUCUCAGAAGUGAUAAUGACACCUAUCUAGUCUUUCACCGGGAAAUUGUGUCAGAGAUGGGGACCCUUGGUGUCUUGGGCGCAACCAUCAAAGGUUAUGGCUGUGCAGGGACCACUUAUGUUGCAUAUGGACUCCUGGCCAGGGAGAUUGAGAGGGUGGACAGUGGCUAUCGGUCAGUCAUGAGUGUUCAGUCAUCUUUGGUGAUGCAUCCUAUAUAUGCAUAUGGGACAGAAAAGCAGAAGCAGAAAUAUCUGCCAGGCCUGGCUAAAGGAGAGUUGUUGGGCUGUUUUGGGCUUACAGAGCCUAACCAUGGAAGUGACCCUGGUAGCAUGGAGACUCGGGCCCAGUAUAACCCUUCCAGGAAGACCUAUAUACUCAAUGGUUCCAAGACUUGGAUCACUAAUUCUCCAAUGGCUGACCUAUGUGUAGUGUGGGCUGUAUGUGAUGAUGGCAAAAUACGGGGUUUUCUAUUGGAACGAGGAAUGAAAGGUCUUUCUACCCCAAAGAUUGAGGGCAAAUUUUCACUACGUGCCUCUCUUACUGGAAUGAUUAUUAUGGAAGAUGUAGAAGUGCCUGAAGAGAAUCUACUACCCAAAGUGUCUGGACUUGCAGGACCUUUUGGCUGCUUGAAUAAUGCACGUUAUGGCAUCUCCUGGGGAGCCCUUGGUGCUGCUGAGUUCUGUUUGCAUACAGCCAGGCAAUAUACUUUGGAUAGAAUCCAGUUCAGAGCCCCCUUGGCAAGAAACCAAUUGAUCCAGAAGAAGUUGGCUGACAUGCUCACAGAGAUCGCUAUUGGCUUACAGGCUUGUCUGCAACUGGGGCGCUUGAAAGAUGAAGACAAGGCAACUCCUGAGAUGAUCUCUAUGCUGAAACGGAAUUCCUGUGGGAAAGCCCUGGAUAUUGCCCGGCAAGCUCGUGACAUGCUUGGGGGCAAUGGAAUUGCAGAUGAAUAUCAUGUUAUCAGGCAUGUUAUGAAUUUGGAGGCAGUUAACACAUAUGAAGGGACUCAUGAUAUCCAUGCUCUCAUCCUUGGUAGAGCUAUCACUGGACUUCAAGCAUUCACAGUUGGGAAAUAAACACAUUUCCCUAGAGUUUAGCUUUCCUCUACAUGAUUCCAGUUGGGAAAAUUGAGGUGGUUUAUGAUGCUGGAAUAUCUUUAUAAGAUGAGCACGACUGCUUCUGCUCACCAGAUUGUGAUCAAAUUAUUCAGUUCAACUCAAUCUUUUGUAAGCUGAAAGAAAUCAGGCAUUUGAAAAAUCUCUGUUGUUCACCAACUAUAUAGAAAGAAAUUAAAAGUGCUGCAUUAUGCUAAAGGAAAAACUUUUUCUAAUUGGUGGAAGGAUAACACUGUGGUCUAGGAAAUGUUUUGGAAUUGUCUAAUUGUUUUUGAAACAAACUAUUUUGGUAUGUAACUGUAAGUAUUUGAUACUUUCAAAGCUGACUGCUAUUCCAGGGUCCAGUCAGAGCCUUGAGAUCUAUACCAGAGUGGGUAAUCUACAAUUUAUAGUUUUAAAAAAUCCAGGUAAGAUUCUUCUUUUUGUGUAAGAGGAAAUUAUAAUACUUGCAAACACAGAAGAUGAAAAUCAGAAUUUACUACCUACUCUGUGCUCUUCCUGCCAUGUGACCUAACUAGCUGCUGUUUUUUGUGCCUUCAUUGACAGUGUUAAAUAAAGACUGAUUUUUUAAAUAUUAGAACACAUUUUUGAUGACAUGUUAAGCUAUUUCAGCUCAGAUCCUUGCCCCUUUGAAUAAGUUCCCCUUUGUGCUUUCAAAAAUAAAUUUAAUGUGAUGAAUUUCCAAUAGUAGUUUGGGUAGGAUAAUUAGUUAAAAUCUGAUAUGCUAAUAUUAGUGACCAAAGAAAAUUGGCCUUUCCUGUGAGCAGUUCUUUCACAUCUUUACUAGCACUUAAAAUUAUUUAACUCUUUGGAUAAAGAUUAAAUAGAGAAAAUAGUCCAUUGCUACCCAAGGAGACUGUGAGUGUCACUGUUUGUCGUAACUAUAGUGACAAAACUCAAAGGGCAUUGAGUUUUGUCACUAUACUUGUAAGAGAAUACUUGCACUUGUCUUUAUUUAAAGCAGUAAAGUACUACUUGUAGCUUUUGGCUGUUACACUUCUGCUGUGGUUAAGAAUUCAGAAAAGAAUUGUUAGAGUUUAGAUAAAAUGUAGUGAAUGUGGCUUGAAGACUGAUUCAUGGUAUUCCAAAAUCAGUGAUAUUGGGCUAUAUUUUGCAAUUGGCUGGGAAUUUUAUGAUUUCAUAUGGUUCUUAACAUAUAUAUAUAUAAUUCAGCAAAUUUUCCCCAUCAUCAAGAUUCAUAUAUAAUGUAUAUAUGGAUUCUUAAUUCUCUAUAUUCUUUAAUAUGCAGUAUGACUUUUAAGUGUUUCUCAGUAUGUCAGGGGUUUUGUUUGUUUAAUCUAUGUACUGUAAUUAAUAAUUUAUUUUCCAAAACAGAAGUGACGUUAUGGAACAGUUAAGACUGUAAGACAUGAGGUCCAAUCUCUGAGCCUUGAAUGUAGCCCCCCCCUCCCGACCACCAAAUAUUGCCACCACAUUAUAAAAAGGGAAAAAAUGAUUAUAUUUAACAACAACUUAAAUGUAAUCAAUUUUUUUCCUCGCUCCACAACCUCCUUAUCCCUGAUUUUUGGAGUAGAACUCACAACAUACCACUCAAAGUUGAAAUAAAGCUGUUAGCUCAAGAAAAGUUGUGUAAACAUGAGCCAAGAAGUCGAUUUCUAAUACUUAAGCAGCACUAAAUAGGAUGCAAAUGUAGAGACAAAAAUGUAAUGAUGUUUCUAAUAAAAGGACAGACAUGAAAAGUU